GUGUCGAAAUCUGCCGUGUUGAACCUUCAGUGAUGGCGAUGUUCCAAGUGCCCACACGGCCUGCCGGCCACGUUCAUGUCGAAUUCAAAGCCGGACGCAUGGAUUGGGAUGGCAGGAUGGUGACUCCUGACAAGCGCAAGGGCAAGAUCCUCCUCUAUACCUCUGAGGAAGAUCAGCUCACCCACUUCCAGUGGAUGGAUCGUGACAAGAACGAGGUGGUCACCGACUUGAUUGUCAUCAAUGAUGCAUACCUCGAAAGGAUCCAGAAGUGCACUUCAGGCCGUGCUUACAUCCUACGCUUCACAUCCUCAGAUAAGAAGGUGUUCUUUUGGAUGCAGGAACCCUCCACCGACAAGGACGACGAGAACAUUAAGAAGUUCAACGAAGCCGUGGGCGCCACCAUUCCCGAGAAGCCAACGGCAGCGACCCCGGCCGCAGCCCCCGCGGCCGCCGCGACACCAGCGGCUGCAGCACCCGCAGCGGCGACGCAGGAGAUCGAUCCACAGCUGCGGGCCGUGCUGACUCAGUUCCUAACUUCACAGGGCGGCGCUGGCGCCGGCAUGGCUCAACGGGCGCCGUUGCCCAUGACCACCGUGCUGACCACCGAAGUGCUGCAGAGCCUGCUGACGGACGAGGCCGCAUGCAGUGAGAUGAUCGGAUUGCUGCCUGAGAGCCACAAGAACCAGGAAGGCCUCUCGGAGGUCCUGGCCUCGCCGCAGCUGCAGCAGAGUCUGUCGGCGCUGACGCAGGCGGUGCACUCGGAUCAGCUACCGGUGCUCCUGGCCUCGCUGGGCCUCGACCCUUCGGUGAUCAACGGCGCGUCGGGCGAUGCCUUAGAGCUGCUGUGCCGCGCCAUGGAAAGCAAACUCAAGGAGUAGAGGAAAGGGUCUUGCCGAGGCUGAGGGGAUAGACAUAAGAGACGACUGGACAGGCGCUUGUGAGCAAAAAA